AUGCUGAGCGGCGUGUUCUCUGAUCAAUACGAGGUUGGGGGACACGGGACAUGGGGACAAACGACCGGCGUGACACGGGAGCAGCAACGGGAGCAGCAACAGGCACGAGCAGCAACAGGAACAGGAAAGGCCUCAACGGGCCCUUCGGCAAGUGGGCGACGGUGCCUGGUGCUAGCUACACUUGACUUAAUUCAGUUAAAGCACCACGCACCGCACAGCACCGAGCCGUAG